CAUUCUUUAACUGAUAUUAUUAGAAUUGUUUAUUAUGAAAUAUGAUCGUAGUAGAGUAUUAUAAUAUUCUCUAUCUUCCGUAAUUAUUCCAGUGUCAGCAGGAAGCUCGAACUAUCUUGUUACUUCAACAAAGUAUCAAGUUACUAAUAUGUUAGAUUACUUCUGUAUACAAAGACAUUCAUAAAUAGCUCAUAAAAAUCAUACGCUUUUUACUCACGUACUGCACAUACUUUUUAUUUAAGAAUUAUAUAACAGUAUGAGCACAUAGUCAUGCAUGAGAAUAAUUUUUAAUAUAAUAAAAGAAAUUCGAACGUCCUUGUUCUUCAAUGAUUUAUAGCUCACGAAUACAGAGCGAUAACGAAGUGUGGCUUUUACUACGACACAGAAGAGACUUUGUCGCACAUAUUUAUAUAAGAUAAAAAACCCUACUGCGUCAGUUUUAGCUUCCAUCCAUACACCUCCGAGGAAGUGACUAAAAUAUUUCUCACCCUCAUCAUUUCCGUAGGAGGGGGUGCGGCGAAAAUGACUUGAAAUAUUCUUUUUAAAGUGUCGAUAAUACCCAAUACUCAUACGAAAUCUUAAGUGUUAACCCUUUUAGGACUAGUUUUGCUUUCACGAUCAGUGUGUUAUUCUUAAACUAUCUUUUUGACCGCGACUCAAAAAAAAAUGUUUUUUUUUAAAAAGCCUGGACCCUCUCCAGGCUAGGUGGUACAUAUGUUGUACCACCAUCCUGAAGGAGUUAAAGAGAUUUCGCCCAUAGGUUGAAUCAUAGGUCUCAAAAGGUUAAAUGACCCCUAUUAGCUAGAUGAAAUUUUGUUAUGUUUACACAUUUUCUAUUGUAUCAACUAGACAUUCCAAUGGAAACAAUGUAUAUUAUAUAUUGACCUAUCGAGAUAAUAGAUCAUUAUCAGAGAAAAAAGACGUUCUGAUUCAACCUCUUUUCUAAACAAAUUUUAUUUAUUUUUAUAGAAGCUCAAAUUCGUCUAGUAAAUUAUUGUUGUACACUUUUAUAUAAAUCUGUUUUGGAAGAAGAUGAUGAUCAAAAACAUCAUGAACGUUUACGUGAAAUAAAAAUCAAUCAUAUUAUAUAUGCUGAAGAACAUGGAAUUAUCCAUUCAUUAGCAUCUGGUAUAUUAAUAUUUUUAAGUGUUGUUCGAUGUCGAAAAGAAAUUGGAAAAUUUUAUCGUGAAAAUGAACAUUUUCGAGAAUUAUUAAAUAUAAUGAA